GCCCCGCCCCUGUGCGCGCUCUGCUCGGCAGCCGGCGGGACGCGGUGGUGGUGUUGCCCUCGCUCCUUUGUGCUCGGACGGCGGCGGCGGCCUCUCGGGUCCUCACUGGCGCGUCUUCUCUGCUCGCCAGCCCGCGCUCUCCGGUGACGGACCAUGUCGGCGGCGGGAGCGGGCGCGGGCGUGGAGGCGGGCUUCUCCAGCGAGGAGCUGCUGUCGCUCCGCUUCCCGCUGCACCGCGCCUGCCGCGACGGGGACCUGGCCGCGCUCUGCUCGCUGCUGCAGCACACGCCGCGCGCGCAUCUGGCCGCCGAGGACUCCUUCUACGGCUGGACGCCCGUGCACUGGGCCGCGCACUUCGGCAAGCUGGAGUGCUUAAUACAGUUAGUGAGGGCUGGAGCCGCCCUGGAUGUCUCCACCACCCGUUACGCCCAGACCCCGGCCCACACCGCCGCCUUUGGGGGACAUCCUCAGUGCCUCGUCUGGUUGAUCCAAGCAGGAGCCAGCAUUAACAGACCGGACUGUGAGGGCGAGACUCCUAUUCACAAGGCGGCUCGCUCUGGGAGCCUGGACUGCAUUAGUGCCCUGGUGGCUAACGGGGCUCAUGCCGACCUGAGAAAUGCCAGUGGCCUGACAGCAGCAGACAUUGCUCAAACCCAGGGUUUCCAAGAGUGUACCCAGUUUCUCUUGAACCUCCAGAAUUGUCAUCUGAAUCCUUUCUAUAACAGUGGCCCCUUAAAUGGGGGCCAUCCGAAUGUAUUUCCUAAUCACAUUAGUGUGGGAACAAAUCGCAAGAGAUGCUUGGAAGAGUCGGAACCCUUUGGAGCAAAGAAAGCUAGAACCACAGCUCAAAGCUCGGAUGACCCCAUGCCGCUCGUGAAUGGCGAGGCGGAAGACGAUGCUGACAGCAUGCACGUCGAUAGAGAGUUUGUAACAGAUACGAAAAACAGUAGCUCCGUAUCGAAUUCACUGACAAAUGGAUGUCUCAUCAAUGGACAUUUGGACUUCCCCUCCACGACACAGCUCAGUGGGAUGGAGAGCAGGAGUGGCCAGUGCUUAACAGGACCUAAUGGAAUUGGCGGUGGACUAGUUCCAGGACCGCCGUUUCCAAGCAGCCAGGGUUCUCCCUGUGUUAAUGGGACUGAGGAGCCAGAAAAGGGCACGAGCGUGAACCCCGAGAUGUGCGGCUCUCUGCACCUGAACGGGAGUCCGAGUAGCUGCGUAGCCAGCAGGCCUUCCUGGGCGGAAGACAUCGGGGAGAACCUGCACUACGGACACUACCACGGGUUUGGGGACACUGCCGAAAGCAUCCCUGAGCUGAACAGCGUGAUAGAGCACUCCAACUCCGUGAAGGUGGAGGAGGGGUACGACAGCGCCGUCCUGGGCGCCAUGCACCUCUUCCACGGCUCUUAGGCCCGAGGCCGCCUCCUGGACACAUCAGGCCUCCUGCUAACCAACUCCGAAUACUAGUGUAGCAUCACCCUGAAGGGAUGCCACGACUUGUACUAUUUUUUUAUACUUCAGCUUUCUGAAAAAGUGCACUCUUAUUUGGCAGGUUCUCGUUGAGUCCUAGCAUGAGUACAAGUAGGCUUAUUUAGCGCACAGGUGUCUCCGUGGGAUAGUGAGCCUCUUUCAGGAUGCACUUUUGAAAUUUAAUUUUUCUGCUGCCAAUCUCAAUAUUUUCUUUUGAAUACCAUCACCAUAGAUUGCCAUUUUUCCUUCCGUCAAAUUAAAUUGUAUCUGAUCAGGAUAAAUUGCAGACAGUAAAUGAGGUGUCUGGUAAUUUACCCCUUUGCACACGGGCAUCAUUUUGAAGAGCUUGCUUUUACUCUUUCCAGUAGAAUUUUUGACAAAAGACAACUCUUUCCCUAUGCAAGGUACAGCCUUACAAAGAUUUCUUGCAGUGAUUUGUAUGAAGAAAAGAACGUUUGUCUUUUUCAAAGUCUUUUCAUUGAAACUUUGCUACGUGCCGUGUGGUGAAGGUCUUACUUGUAGACACAUGUAUUGGUUUGGGGACAUGAGUGGUCCCUUCUUUAAUGGUGUAGCUCACUGCCCUGGAUUUCACUGAAAGCACCUGCAGCCUGGGACUGACUUCUGAUUUGAUGUGUUUUUAUGCCACAUUUCCUACUUGGACUCUAGGAUUUUUACCACAGAUAAUGGUUUCCCUUAUAUGUAGUGGAAGUUACUCUUUGUAGGGACUGUCAGGUCAAAAUAUUUAACUGACUCUUUUGACUUAUAUUUUCUUUUUUCCUUGUUUUUGUUUUUUGGGGUUUUCUGCUUUAAAAUAUAUACCACUAUGUAUAUCCAUUUAACUGAGGGACUUUUGAAUCUCUCUUAAUAAAGCUGCAUUAAGUUUAUGGUUUUAUAGAAAUUAGCUUUUGUUUAGGCAACUAGUGGUUACACUGUGCAGAUAUUGUCAUGAAUUUUUACUAUUCUGAUUUUUGUAAUAAAAAUUGGUGAAGAUAGAGGAUGUGUCAGAUGAACAAAACCAAUGUUCUCAGAGUGUUACUAACAUUUUGUUUUUAAAUUGUCCUUUACACAUGGAAUAAACAAAUGCUCACA